GCUUCGCCACCGAAUCCAUUGGUUGCGGAAUAUUUAGCGAAGCAACAAACUGCACUACGAGAAGCGCGCAAGGAUGCCGAAGCGGUUCGAAGAGCAUCGUCGGGUGACGACUCAUCGCCUGGGCGCGAAAAGCCAUCAUCUACUCGCCGUUCGCGACGUGGGCAUCGCGAGGCAGCAGCUUCGGGGGACAACACUGCUGAUAUUGUUGCGAAGGAAAAAUCGCCAGAGCCCACGACGACCACCGGUGGAUUUGGACAGGUUUCGAAAUCAUUUUGA